CCUUGCUACGGCUCGCAGUGUGCGGACUGCUGGUGUAGCCAUGUGUCGCGGUGGUGCUUCGCCCCUCUGGGUACCCGCCCUCGCCCUCUGGGUAGUACUACUGUCAGCCCCAUGGAUACCCGCCGUUCACUCCGACAUCUCUGUCAAUGCCACCCCUGAAUACAUCCACUCCUGUAAGAAGACGGAUCCAAAGAUCAACGCAUGUAUCAAGAAAACGUUUGACCACUUGAGGCCGUACCUGGUAGCAGGUAUACCGGAGAUCAAGCUAGCGUCUAUAGAGCCAAUGAGCAUCCCCAAGAUGGAGAUGCAGAACGGCCACGGAGCAGUCAGAGUGAGGGCGGUGUUUGGCAAUAUGACUGUAUACGGCGCGAGCAACUACUCUGUCAUAUCAGUCAAGAGUGACAUCAACAGACUCCGGAUGGACCUGGGGCUGAGCAUCCCCCGCAUAGAAGCCACCGGGACAUACGAGGUCGUAGGACAGGUGCUGCUGUUCCCGGUCCGAAGCCGUGGAGAGUUCUGGGCACUGUUUAACAACAUCACCGGUAUAGGCAAGCUCUACGGCAAGGAGGUCAGGAGGAAUGACGUCAGCUACAUGAAGACAGAGAGACUAGGAGUGGACUUCAAACUGGGCAGUUCUAGGUUCAAGAUCAAGGACUAUCUAAAUGGCAACAACGUCCUAGGUGAAGCUAUGAACCAGUUUCUGAACCAGAAUUCCGACGUCAUCAUAGAAGAGAUGAAACCAGCUGCAGCCCAAGCCAUCAGCAGGCACUUCAAGAACUUCCUUAAUGCAGCCUUUCUCCAAAUCCCGCUCAAAGUUUGGUUGAAAGACGGAUAGCCAUUCGGUCCGUCAAGUUGGAUCUUGAGACCGUGUACCCCCAAAGAUAACUGAAGUGAAGUCCUGUAUGACUGCCUUAAGUAAUUAAGUAACUGAUUCUAAAUUUAUCCAAUCUGAUUUGUAUUUGGUUUUUGACCAUGUGAUACAUACCAUCUAAAUACACGCACACGUUCUAAUAAGUUAGUAUGUGUUUAGGCACUUAGCAAAUACUUUUUAUUUAUUUCACUCUUCGAUACUUCAUUUUUGAUUAGUGCAGUAUAAUAAGUUUUUUUAAUAAUGUUUUUACAUUUUUACUAGACUUCCCACCUAUAUGGACCAGCUGUAGUUAAAUUAAAAAAGAACGUAGUUGAGUGAGCUUGUGAAUGCGCUAGUGUCUAAAAUUCUAUUUUAUACCUCAUCUUUUGUUGCUGUCCAGGUUAAUGGGUCAUGACAGUUGCUAUCUAUAACUCAUCAUAAGUCAUUCCCUAAGUUAGACUUGGCAAAAAAGUUUGUGUAUUUGACAGAAUUUAGUGAUUUAGAUCAGCGCAAUCUGUAGGUGGCUCACAUCAACUACGACGAUUUUGAUAAAAAAUCUUGCUACAAUUCAUGGGGAUGAAAUGUCUAGUUUUAUUAAUACUAAUGAUGUCAUUUAAAUGUUUUCGUAUUAAGGCAAACAUUUUCCAUUACACAAAGUAAGCUGGUUACGUAUUUUUUUGGGUAACCACUGAAUUAAGAUUAGGCUACCUUCUUUAACUGCACAAUGGGUUUUGCAUUUUAGUCAUGACAAUAAAUUAUCUUCUCGUGCUAUUAUCUGCAACUCUAUUGAAUAUUUUGAAAACUUUUAUUCAUGAAUGUUAAUGUGAUAUGAUGUGGUUUUCUGUCAUUGUAAUAAGAAUACGCGUAUAAUAGUCUGUUAAUAUAAUUUUUUAUGAGUCACUUUUUUUAAGAAGGAUGGAAAAUAAAUGUAACUUUUUAAUAUCGAAUUUCAGAAUGUGAAUCGUGUGAAUGAACAAAUAUGUUUCAACUGUUAUUUAAUUGGUUUUGAUACAACUUUUAACAGUUUCAAUUUAAGUUUUUUUUUUUUACAAUUGCAUUUAGCUUUAUUAAUAAGUUAUUUAUUAGCUGUAACAUGUAUGUAUACAGAUUAUUAGUAUAAAUUAAAUCCAGUUCGAUUAGUACCUUAUCCAGUUUUUAGUAUCAGAACAUCAUAAUGAUCUCAACCUCAUAUUCAUAUCAAUAGUUCUCAUCUCAAAAUAUAAAAUAUGAAGAACAAUUGGCUUUGAUAAAUAAUAUGUAGUUUCAACUAUUAGUUAUCUUUAGAGAAAUAACAUUGGUUGUUACUUAAUAAUGUUACUUUACCAUAUUUUUAAAGUUUUACCUUGUACUGCCAGUAUCAUUUUACCAAGUAUUACCAUUGACAAAGUGUCUGUUUCGAUGUUGAACGAAUGAUGUUAGCUUUGUUAUCGUCUGAUAGAACAUUAUACAAAUAAGAUUAGUUUUUAAUUACUUUUAAGAUAAGAAAUAGUUAAUUCUAGUUAAUUCAUAAGUUUUCAUUGUGAUUUUAAUUUUUAAUCUACAUAAUGUUUGUAAAUAUUUAA